CACCCCUCUUCACUCGAGAUCUUUCUCUAGCAGCGUCACUAUGAGCCAGACACGGAAGCUUCACCCCGCGGCGCGAGUGGAGGGCCAGAGACAAGAUGUCUGGUCCAUCAUCAAUGAGGCCGCUGCCUCUUCUCCCAAUCAGCCUAUCGUGAACUUGGGCCAGGGUUUCUUUGGAUAUAACCCUCCCAAGUUCAUUCUUGAUGCUGCCAAGGAGGCCUUGGACCGUGUUGAGUGCAACCAGUAUGCUCCCGCCAAGGGACGACCUCGGUUGAGAAAGGCCAUUGCGGAUGCCUACUCACCCUUCUGGGGUCGUCAGCUGAACCCCGAGACUGAGGUUGUUGUCACCACCGGCGCUAAUGAGGGUAUGCUCUCUGCUUUUAUGGGCUUUAUCGAGCCUGGUGAUGAGGUUAUUGUCUUUGAGCCUUUCUUUGAUCAAUACAUUAGCAACAUCCAGAUGGCUGGUGGAAAGAUUGUUUAUGUGCCUCUGCACCCUCCUGCGUCGGGAGCUACUAGCAACUCUUCUGCUGCUGACUGGACUGUUGACUUUGAAGAGCUCGAGAGGGCCUUCACUCCCCGCACCAAGAUGAUUGUCAUCAACACUCCCCAUAACCCUGUUGGAAAGGUCUUUUCCAAGGAAGAGGUCCAGAAGAUUGGAGACAUUUGUGUCAAGAACCAGGUCAUUAUCCUCUCCGAUGAGGUGUACGACCGUCUCUACUAUGUGCCCUUCAACCGAAUUGCCAAGGUUUCUCCAGAGGUUGAGAAGAUUACUCUUACUGUUGGCUCUGCCGGAAAGAACUUUUAUGCUACUGGCUGGCGUGUUGGUUGGCUGAUUGGCCCCCCUGAGCUCAUCCAGCACGUCUCUGCCGCCCACACCCGCAUCUGCUUCUCCACCGUGGCACCCCUCCAGGAGGCCGCAGCCGUCGGCUUUGAGAAGGCUGCCACCAACGGCUUUUGGGAUGAGACGAUCAAGGAGAUGAAGGGCAAGAUCGACCGACUCAAGGAGGUCUUUGAGGAGCUUCACCUGCCUGUCACCUACCCCGAGGGUGGAUAUUUCUUGCUUGUCAACAUGGCCAAGGUGAAGCUCCCUGAGGACUACCCCUUCCCUCCCCACGUGGCUAGCCGCCCACGCGACUUUAAGCUGGCGUGGUUCCUGAUCCAGGAGGUUGGUGUUGCGGCGAUCCCUCCGACUGAGUUUUACACUGAGGGCAACGCGCACCUGGCUGAGGACUACAUCCGGUUCGCGGUGUGCAAGAAUGAUGAUGUGCUGGAGCAGGCCAAGGAGCGUCUAAGGAGCCUGAAGAAGUACAUCCAGGAGUAAAGAGUAAAGAUUUAAAAAGCGUUAAAUGGAGAGUUAGAUAUCUGAUAGAUGAAUGUCAUAGAUUUACUUUG